CAUUUUUCAAUAGCAACCUACUAUAUUUAAUUCACUGCACACAUGGUGACUUACGGUGGUGACGAAGUUAAUGCCUUGGUUCUAGACGUUGGCAGCACAUGGACUCGUGCAGGUUACGCAGGUGAAGACACGCCAAAAGCAAUCUUCCCUUCUUCAUACGGAGUGAUUGAAACAGAAAGCACGGAACCAAAUUCGCAAAACGGCCAUGAUCAACCUGAAGCAGCUGAUCCAGAUACAGAAAUGACAGACGCACGUACCCCUAACGGCGAUGCAGCAGCUAAGGCGGAAGAUGCUGCGACCUCUGGACCAAAGAAAGUACGAAAAUAUUACAUUGGAGACGGAGAGGUCAACACCUGGAGACAGAAUAUGGAAAUCAGGAACCCUUUGAAGGACGGACUGGUUGAGGAUUGGGAAGGUUUUGAGGAAAUAUGGAAAUCUGCUUUCCACCAGCGGUUACGAAUCGAUCCAACCGAACAUCCCUUGUUGUGCACAGAGCCUGCUUGGAACCCGUCUGAGAAGCGCGAAAAACUAGUGGAACUCGCUUUCGAAACAUUCAAUUUCCCUGCUUUUUACCUUGCUAAAGAUGCAGUCAUGUCAGCAUUCUCAGUCGGUCGAGCCACUGCCCUUGUUCUGGAUUCCGGCGGCAGCACCACCAGCGCCAUCCCUGUGUAUGAUGGCUUGGUCUUGAAGAGAGGCAUUUUGAGACAACCAAUAGGCGGUAAUGUGGUGUCAGCGCAGAUUAUGGAAGAGCUUAAGCGCAGCCUUGAUUACUCUGUCACACCUCAGUAUCUUAUCGGUGAAAAGGAAGCUACUGAUCCUGGCCAACCUCCCAAGUUCAAAGCAAAGGAUCGCCCUAAUACUACAGACAGUUUCCAUCAACUGCAACAAGAGCGAGCCAUUCAUGAAUUUAAGGAGACGGUAUGCCAAGUGGCCGAAACGCCAUAUGAUGAAGACGUUUUAGCUGCUAGACCACAAAAGCCAUUUGAAUUCCCAGAUGGAUUCAACAACACCUUUGGAAUAGAACGAUUCAGAGCUACUGAACUCCUCUUCCAACCCCGUUCCUAUCUGACCAAGCCUGGUACCGAAGGUGCUUACGGUGCUACAUUCACACAACAACAAAUCGAUGCCAGUCUUGGUAUUCAUCAGCUUAUUUUCAACAGUAUCUGCGGCUGUGAUAUUGAUCUUCGUCCACUGUUGUUCAACAAUGUUGUGGUGACGGGCGGCAACACACUGUUCCCUGGAUUUGUGGAGCGACUCAACUAUGAGCUUCCUGGACUGGCGCCAGGUAGUAAAAUCAAGAUCCACGCCGCUGGCACAUCGACUGACCGCAGAUGCAGUAGCUGGCUUGGUGGUUCUAUUCUUGCAUCUCUAGGAACCUUCCACCAACUCUGGAUAUCCAAGGCAGAAUACGAAGAAUCAGGCGCCUCCAUUGUUGAAAGCAAAUGCUUCUAAGCUUGUUAUAAAAUGUUUUUAGAAACCCGUUGUCAUUGGUGUUACGCCUGUUUCUUUACAAUAAAAACUCUCAAUUUCGUGUCGGUC